GCUUUACUAGUUACUUGAAAAAAGUAACCUGAUUACGUAACUUGCAUUACUAGUAAUGCAUUACCCACAACACUGCUUACACAGAUAUGAUGAUCAUGUUUUAUUAAUGUGUGAACAUUGUGCCAUUUAGUCUGUCUUUCUGUGUCUUUCCUUGUGUAUCAUUCACUGUCUCUCCCUCGAUGGACCACAGGAGGGCGCCACAGACACAGUGAACACACACUUCCCUAUCUGUGUGUGUGUGUGUGUGUGUGUGUCCUCACUGGUGUAUUCAGACACAACACACACAGCAGACAGAAACAAGCUGUAAUUACAAAGAUUAUCCACUGUCAGCUCUUUCUCUCUCUCUCUCUUUCGCUGUGGCUGUUCGGUUUCAGCUCUUUUAAUGAAAAUGUAAACAUUCAUCACUCAAAUCACAAAAACAUUCAACUGUGUUGUUAAUUUUAGGAAAGGUACCUGUGUGACAUUAAGGCAUUAUAUGAGUUAAGCUUCUCAUUCCAUUUACGUGACCUGUCAAUAUUUGCUUAGAAACAUUCACAACAACUGUAAUUGAUGUAAUUGAUGCAAAAUCCACCUGAAGCUGUCUGUCUGUGUCAGCGGUGACAGAAUGUCUCUCUCUCUGUCAGACAGUCAUGAUGCUUGUGUGUGUCUGCUCUUUAAAUUCAGCUGGACAGACGCAGAUGCUCACAUCUGCAGGACCCAGCGCUCUGACAGCCUGCCGCUGAUUUUCCACUGAGAGAUCAGACAGAGCCAUGUCGUACUUCUACAGAUCUGAGCAAACGGCGAGACUUCUCCUGAUGAUGUGUGUGUGGGGAAUCUUCCCUCUGCCGGCAGAGCAGUACCCUGUUCGAGAGGGUUUCAGUCUGCUGCUGUAUCCGUUGUCGGUGAUGGGGCCGUACGGAUCUCACACGGUUCUGAUACCAGUGACCGGGACUGAGCAGAACACACAACGCAGCCAAAAUCUGCAGGCAAACAACAGCAAGAUCAGCGCUCAAAGUGUGUCCAAGCUUUUACAUGCAAACAGUGCAUUUCCCCAGCCGGACCCUGGCCAUGGCCCUGCCCUGGACUCUGCUCCCAGCCCCGCUCCUGACCUUCACACAGUCCCAUCGGAGUCUUUGGUUAUGCGGGGGCAGAUAUCAAAUUUUGUCCCUUCAAACGUCCCUCUGCAGGUCUAUUCAUUUGUCCAGCAGGCUGUAAUUUUAGACUCAGGCAGUUCAGAGGAAGGAGCUGCUGCUCAGGUGAUUUAUAUGGUUCCUAUCAGCGUGGAUUCACCCAACGUGAGUGUGAUGGAGGGCACCGUGCCCAAUCCUGACCCAGGACACCUGCAGAUCCCAGCCAGAGGACGCUCAGGGACAGCUGGGGAAAACUGUGGGGACAGAAAGAGCCACGCAGACACGCUCUGGGAGUGAAAGGCCUCUGACCACAAGCACUCCACAGGAAACACAUCAGCUGUCAAGAAAAUGAAAGGCCAUUCACUGAUGCUUGGAAACUGUUGUGUGCGGAAUUGUAAAAUAACUUCAGCCAUAAAACAGCUCUAUAGUCAAUGUGGUGUCAUUAUUCAGUGAGCUCAUUUAUUAGUUUCAGCUGAUCAUAGCUUAAUCUAUACAAUGAAUAUUAGAUUUCUUUUAAGCCCCAGAUCAUAUCAUAUUAAAUUCUCUUUACUGUGACUGUAGUUCAGAAGUGCUCCCAACAAUCAUCAACGUUUAAAUCCAACUCUCCUGUUAGACUUUAUACUUUGGAUAUGAAAAAGAGGCAAGUUACAAAGAAACACUGAGGUUUUAAUUUAUUUAAGGCAACAGAGGAGGUGAAUUCUGUCUGAUUACACAACGAGACGCUACCAGAUAAACAAGACAAAUGAUUGUGCUUAUCAUGUUUGUGUUAUUUGCCUUCGAAUAACACUGGAGUGCGAUUGAACUGCUGAUUGUCGUUUUUGGGAUGUGAGUUACUGUGAGAACUUGGCAUUUCCUCCUGGUGUGUGUGACCUUUGACCUCAGUAUCAUUUCCAUUCAGCGGAUUCGUUUAUUUACAUUAAAGUCUGGUGCCGUCCUUUAUUUGU